UCCAAGGCUAGGGGAAGGCGAAGUCACGAGUUUCCUCAUUGUCCCAGCGACGCAGUUUCGAUGCCACCUCGCGGCCUCUUUCCCGCGAUUAUGCUUGCUGCCGGCCAUCUCGCCAGUCCCCCACCACGACGACCGUCGUCGCACGACGACGACGUCUUGCCAGUCUGUUUCGUCUUGCACGACGUCGCAGCGAGGCGCGUCCCUCUAGCUCCGAGCUCGAGUCGAUACCAUCCUCAGCCUUCACCGCUGGAGCUUCUCUGGAGUAUAAAAGGAGGCAUGCGAUAGCCAUGAUUUAUCGCUCACAGCAUUCGAGGCCACUGCCAUCUCAAUUCCACCUUCAGAGCAAUCUGAGUUUUCGCAAUCUGAGCAUCUUUCAGUGGCUUCGGUUCAGCGCGAUUCUGAUCCGCCCUGAUUUCAAAGGCAUUCCCGGAUAGCGAGCUCACCUGCCGUUUUCCGGCUCCGAAUUUCUCCAUUCUCUGCUGCCUCUCUAACAUCAUGGCGGCCGUCAGCCUGUUGAGGCGUCUCUGCGCUGCAUUGGCAUUCGCAAUGAUCGCUGCUUCCUUCACUCUGCCAGCACUUGCUGACGUCACAUCCACUGGAGUCACAUCCGCUGCUGUCACGUCCGCUGCUAGCCGUGUGGCAAAGCGCGCCAAUGAGGCUCGCAGGCUGCUGCCUGGCGCCAAGGCACGGCAGUUGGGAGAGACAACUUCAGUUGCUGCUGGUAACUGGGCCGGGUCUGACACCACCAGUCCUAGUGGCUGCACCAGCAGCAGUGGUGACACCAGCAGCAGUGGUGACACCAGCAGCAGUGGUGACACCAGCAGCAGCGGCGACACCAGCAGCAGUGGCGAUGGCGGCAGCAACGGUAGCAGCGGUGUGGACGUGGCAGCGAUUCUGGAGGAGCACAACAAGGCGCGGCAGGAAGUGGGCGUGCCGGACCUCGCAUGGGACGAGGGAGUGGCACUCGCAGCGCAGCAGUGGGCAGCUGAGCUCGCUUCCAGUGGAUGCAACCUGGAGCACGGAGGGGCUGACGGACUCGGGCAGAACCUGUACUGGAAGGCACCUGUGCAGCUGAACAGUGCCGAGGACCGGGCGGCAGUGCAGUCGUGGGUGGCAGAGAAGGAGGACUGGACGUACAGUGCCGUGCCGGAGGGGUGUGCGGACGGCAAGCAGUGCGGGCACUACACACAGGUGGUGUGGCGGGAUACCACGCAUGUUGGGUGCGCUGCUGCCCAGUGCGCGGAUGGGGGGGGCAUUUGGGUGUGUGACUACUGGCCGCAGGGGAACAUGAUUGGGUCCACUCCCUACUAGGCAUUUCCUGCGAGGAGGGCUGCUCUGACUAGCCCUGCAAGACGCGCAUGCAAGGGGGUGAUGCGUGGCAAUAAAUAAUCAAGGGGCGUGGAGUGGAAGUGAGACUGUCCCUGCUGUCUUUGUUACGUUUCUGUGUUUGAUGAGUUUAGCAGAGGUGUUUUCUGUUGGUAACUUCACGAGCUAGCGUUAUGUUUCUCCGAUGGA